AAAGAAAUUAAGGAUGUGAGGAGACUCAUGUUCUCGACAUCCCAAGAAGAUCUUCAAAUUUGUGCCACUCUCUUUCUCGCUCUAGCCUUUCUCUCUCUCUCAUUCCACGUGGCGCAACGCCCUUCAACAUUGCCAGGUUUUAGUCUAAUCCGCUUUUAUAUCCAUCCUUAUAACCAAACAUAUUUACUGAGAUUCGUUUCACACUUACGACAAAAAAUUAAAACACCACACAGGAAAUCUCGCUCUACUCAGGUUUUGAUCAGCGCUCCAAUGGAAGAAGAAUCCCUACCGCAAAAACGACGACUCCCUCGCCUGAAUAAAUUCGCCCUCGCCUGCGCACUUUUAGCUUCCACCAAUUCUAUUCUAUUGGGUUACGAUAUCGGAGUAAUGAGCGGCGCCGCUCUAUUCAUCAGAGAAAACCUCAAGCUUUCGUCUGUGGAGGUGGAGAUUCUAGUAGGUUCGCUCAACGUCUUCUCCCUGAUCGGAUCCCUCGCCUCCGGCAAGACCUCCGACUUGAUAGGGCGGCGCUACACCAUCGUGCUCGCCGCCGCCACCUUCUUCAUCGGCGCGCUCCUCAUGGGCCUCGCGCCGUCGUACCCCUACCUCAUCUCCGGGAGAAUGGUUGCCGGCGUCGGCGUCGGCUACUCACUCAUGAUCGCUCCGGUGUACACCGCCGAGGUCUCCCCCGCCGUCACCCGCGGCUUCCUCACCUCGCUCCCGGAGGUCUUCAUCAACGUCGGCAUCCUCCUCGGCUACGUCGUCAACCUCUCCCUCUCCGGCCUCCCCUCCCGCUACAACUGGCGGCUGAUGCUCGGCCUCGCCGCCGUGCCGGCGGUUGGCAUCGCCGCCGGCGUCAUGUUCAUGCCGGAGUCGCCGCGGUGGCUGGUCAUGAAGGGGAGAGUCGAUGAGGCGAAGCGCGUCCUCCGCCGCACCUCCACCUCCGACCAGGAGGCGGAGAUCCGCCUCGACGAGAUCUCCGCCGCCGCCACCCAGGACACGCCGUCCCCUGCUGGGGACGGCGUGUGGCGGGAGCUCCUCUGCCCCUCCAGAGCCCUCCGUCGCAUCCUGGUGGCGGCGAUCGGCAUCAACUUCUUCAUGCAGGCCUCCGGCAACGACGCCGUCGUGUACUACACGCCGCUCGUCUUCAAAGCUGCCGGCGUACACAACCGGAAAGGCCUAAUGGGAGUCACCGUGAUCAUGGGGAUCACGAAAACAAUGUUCGUCCUCAUCUCCGCACUCUUCCUCGACCACUACGGAAGAAGGCCUCUCCUCUUAUUGGGCACAACCGGCAUGGCGGUUUCCCUCGCCGGGCUGGGCCUCGGUUCGAAAUUUCUCGAACAUCGGGCCCAAAAGCCCAUGUGGGCCAUUGCACUAUGCGUCGUAGGUGUAUGUGCUGACGUGUCAUUCUUCUCAAUUGGGCUUGGCCCAAUCACGUGGGUAUACUCGUCGGAGAUUUUCCCGACGAGAUUACGCGCGCAAGGGACGGCCAUAGCGGUUUCGGUCAACCGGUUGGUCAGUGGGGUUGUUUCGAUGACGUUUCUAACGGUUUCGGAGAAGAUUAGUUUCGGAGGGACGUUUUUUGUGCUCGCCGGAGUAAUGGUGGUGGCGACGGUGUACUUUUACUUUUUGCUGCCGGAGACAAGUGGCAAGAGUUUGGAGGAGAUUGGGGAGUUGUUUGAGGAUCAAGAAGAUAGAAUAGCAAGGGGAGGGAAAUGAGUUAGAAAUAUUAUUAUUGGUUGAGAUUAUUUAACAUUAGAUGUUAAUUGUGGUAUUCAAAGUUAGUGUUGACUUUAAACUUUUUCUUUUUGUACAAAAUUGGAAAACAUGAGAAAUAGGGGUCUCAUUGUACGUAGAAAAUAUAUAUUGUUGCUAAUCUGUAAUUUUUAUUUUU